AGUUUUAACCUAAGCCUUUUUUCCUAAAAACCCAGGCAUCAGCAUACUGCUAUCUUCUUCCAAAACGCGAACCGACUCUUUCCCUGUCCAUCAGUUUCUCUCCGGAAUCAACAUUUCUUUUGUUCUCUGAUUUUAGCAAUCAUGGCGGACGACGAAGUGAAGGAUGAGAUCCCGGAACUUACAUCAUUCGAUCCUACUAAAAAGAAGAAGAAGAAGAAGGUUGUGAUUCAGGACGCUGCUGACGAGUCUGUCGAUAAGUUGGCUGAGAAAACUGAAUCCUUGUCAGUUUCUGAAGGGCUUGACUUCAGCACCAUGAAAAAGAAGAAGAAGAAGCAAGUAGAGACCAGCACAUUCGACGAUGAAGGUGGGGAUGCUGGAGAUGAUUUAGAUGGUCAUAUAGACGGGGAUGAAGAAGGUGAUGAUGUUCCCUCUCGACCACGCUAUCCCUGGGAAGAAAGUGACCGUGAUUACAUAUAUGAGGAGCUUCUCGGUCGUGUGUUCAACAUUCUCAAGGAGAACAACCCUGAGCUUGCCGGAGAUAGGCGUAGAACUGUUAUGAGGCCUCCACAAGUUCUUCGUGAAGGAACCAAGAAAACUGUUUUUGUGAAUUUCAUGGAUCUAUGCAAGACAAUGCAUCGGCAACCAGAUCAUGUCAUGGCCUUCUUGCUUGCUGAGUUGGGGACAAGUGGAUCACUUGAUGGGCAGCAAAGGUUGGUUGUGAAGGGAAGGUUUGCACCCAAAAAUUUUGAAGGGAUCCUAAGGCGUUACAUUAAUGAGUAUGUUAUUUGCCUUGGAUGCAAAAGUCCAGAUACAAUUCUCUCGAAGGAGAAUCGUCUUUUCUUUCUCAGAUGUGAAAAGUGUGGGUCUGGACGAUCGGUCGCUCCGAUUAAAGCUGGUUUCGUUGCUCGUGUUGGCCGUAGAAAUGCUGGCACUUAGGCUUCUUGAUUCGGCCAAAACGAUAUCCGGAGGGGGGAAUUUAGGAACACCGGGUGUCGGUACUCUUGAUGUUGAGAUUUACUCAAAAGAUAGUGUUUUGAGACUUGCGAUUUCCUUGUUUGACCAACUUUUGCUCAUACUGGAAUAUAUGAUCUAAGAAUGA